AUGGCCACAGAGUCAACCCAAAUGUACAGCAACUCAUUUUCCGAUGCCAAACUUUAUGACAUUCCAAUCAAGUUAAGGGGCCUAGUCGCACAGAACAGCUUAGACCAGAUGUACAUAGUAUUUCAAGAUAGAGUAGUCCCUGGUGCAGAACUUGAAGAAGGAGAGAAAAUUGGCGUGUUAAAGCCAUUUUCUGGUUUUCAGCAAAACCAAAAUACUGAUGUUAGUCAGCAAACGUAUAAGGUAUCUCAAGAAAUUCCAAUUACUUCUCCAUGUAAAGCAAAGAUAGAGGAGAUAUAUUGCUCAUCCAAUAGUAUAGUUGCUGCAGAAAACAACAAUGGAAUAAUGGCACCAAAGUAUAUUCUUUCAUUUUCAUGUUUAGACUUUCCAGAAGAAGACCUGCGAACAAACAAGAAAGAUGAUUCUGACGGUUUAAUAGAAGUUUCCAUAAUCUCAAAAGAGAAUUCCUUGGUUGUGGAUGUGCCUGAUUCAGAAUCUGUACAGGAGGGAACCGUAUUACUUGGGAUAUGGCUUGACAAUCUUGUUUUUUUAAGAUAUGAAGCUACCAAACCUAUUCAAAAUCUCAAAACAGCAUAUCCAAAAACUCAGAUGAUUAGUCAUAGAUUUCAAAGAGGGGUUACUUUAGUUAUGUUUGAGAUAGAACAACCUCUCGCUUCCCAGAAUAUAAUUAAUGACAAUAAUACAGACUACUUGUCUCAGAUAGAGCCUCUUAAAGAGAAUUCAAUACCAAAUCAAGAGCAAACUGAAAAGGAUGAUAUUAAUAAGGAGGUUUCAGUUGGUGGCUUUGAAGGGGAUCAAAGUAUCCAGCCAUUGGACGCCAGUCCUACUAAUCUAGAUGAGACUCUUGAGAAUGAUCAUUUUGAAAAUCAAGAAACACUCAACAACUUUGCUCAACCUAAUAAAGACGAAUUACAGGAAAUUAAGAGUGACUCAAUAGUUCAUAAAGAUAAAAUUCAGCCAAUUGAAAUUGCUUUGGAUAACUCUGCUGUAACUUAUUCAAUCAUAAUGAGGAACCAACUCAAAAAAUCCAAGCUCCAUAAUUUGAACCAAAAUUUUGAUUUGUUAAAUCAAAAAGCAAAGUGGAUUGUUAGAGCUCCUUGCCCCGGGGUAAUUACCACCAAAACUUUAACUCCAAGUAUCAAAAGAAUAAGUCAGGGAACAGUUUAUGCAUAUAUUGAAUGCAGUAGCAAAAAAGGCAAAACAAAGAAGGGUUCUGCCUCUAAAGGCCAAGAAAUUCCUCUAAUCAUGCCAUUUUCAGUCAAAAUCAUUAGAAUUAAGGCAAAUCUACAAGAAACUCAAGAAAAAGGUCUCUAUUCAGCCCAGGUAUCCAAAAAUCAAAGUAUUCUGAGUGGAAAAUUAAUUAAGGAAUCCAAGGAUAUACCUGCACAUUUAAUAUUUGGUAAAUUCCAACUAGUAGUAGCUCCCUGUAGUGGAACACUAGGAAAUACUCUUGAAGUUGGAAAAUCUGUCAAGAAGAGAGAUUCCAUAUUUUCUGUAGAAUGUACUGAGCCUGGAAAGGAUUCCGUAAUGUAUGGGCUUACAACUAAACCAGGAUUGGUUACCAAAGUUUUUAGAGAAAACAGAGCAAAUGUUAAGGAAGGGGAAGCUAUUGCAAUUGUGAGAAACAAUUGGAAAAUCUUAACUUCUCCAUGUGAUGGAUUGUUGAUUUACACUAAUACUCCUGGUCUUGCAAAAAUAGGAACAAACAUUGCUGUGGUUGUAUGUAACGAUAAUAAAUUUAAAAGAAAGAAUAUUCAAGCAACUAAGAAUUUUAUGAUUCUGGAAAAUAUUCUCCCAAAUCCAUCAUUUGUUUCUAAGAAACAACCUUUGAUUGUAGUAGAUGCUGCCAGAUUAAAUUGGGAUCUUUCCGACGAUUUGGAUGACUCUAAUACAAUAAUGAAGACUUAUUCUCCCUCAAAUACAAGAAUGAAUAUAAAGAAUUCAAAGUUACCUUCAAAUAUAAUCAUUCAAAACGUUGUUUCCCCUUGCAAUGGAAAUCUAUUAAGAGAACAGGAACUUAAGAUAGGAUCUCAAAUUGGUGAAAAUACCACAUUUGCAAAAAUUAAGUGCAAUAGAAAAAAAUCUUACUCGUUAAGUUCAAAUACAAGUGCAAUCAUACUUCAGAAUAGUGUUUAUGAACAAAUAGGAGGAGAAAUAAUUCAUGAUUACGAACCUGAUAAUUUCCAGAUCUCUAAAGGAGACAGUAUCUUACAGAUCAUGUUUAUACAUAACGUUAAACAUCACAUAAUCGCUUCCCCUUGUGAUGGAUAUGGAUAUACUUUCAAUUCUGCAGGUAAUAAAGUCACUAAAGGAAAGUACUUCGCAGCAAUACAAUGUAAAGAAGAAGAUAAAAGCAAGAAGACUCAAAAGAUUAAAGCAGUUAAAGAUAUGAACAUAGUUUCAUCAUAUAUCUAUUUUAAAAAGAAGUUUUUUAAAGGUGAUCCUCUAUUUAUUAUGGUGGAAUCUAACUAA